CAAUUUUCUAGCUGAGAAUUCAUCACUAAUAAACUCUUACAUUUAAAAAAAAAACAAAAAAAAAUCUCAACUCCUCUCUAUUUAAUGCAGCUUUCCUCCUUUCACUUUCAGGAGACAACCGAACAGAUCUUUUUUUUUUUCUGCGUUUCAUUUUCUUACUGUGUAUUUCGCUUUCCUUUCUAGCUCCCCUGUUUCACGUCUUCCAUAUCUCUCUUCCCCUGUUUCACCGUAAACCUCGCAACCCUAUUCCCUCUCCCAUGGCUUCCUCUAUCCUCCUUGUGUAACGUCCACAGAGCUCUAUUUUUAUUCUUUUCGACUGACCAAAAUGGACGAAAAAAACCAAAAAGACGAUUUCUCCACCCAUAAAAACCCAACUCUUCCUCAAGUCAUAGAAGAACUUAAAGAGCUUUGGGCCAUGGUCUUACCAAUCACAGCAAUGAACUGUCUUGUCUACGUACGCGCCGUCGUCUCCGUCCUCUUCCUCGGCCAUCUCGGUAGCCUCGAGCUCGCGGGAGGAGCUCUCUCAAUCGGUUUCACCAACAUCACAGGCUACUCUGUUUUAAUGGGCCUCGCCUCGGGCCUGGAGCCAGUAUGUAGCCAAGCCUUCGGUAGCAAAAACUGGGAUCUCCUCACGCUCUCUCUCCACCGUAUGGUCACUAUUCUCUUGAUCGCCGUCGUGCCCAUCAGCCUCCUUUGGGUCAACCUCGGGCCCAUCAUGCUCUUCAUGGGCCAAGACCCGGAGAUAACAGCGACAGCAGCUGAGUACUGUCUCUACGCGCUUCCUGAUCUCUUGACCAACACUCUGCUCCAGCCGUUACGUGUUUACUUGAGGUCACAGCGCGUGACGAAGCCGAUGAUGUGGUGCACGUUGGCUGCGGUGGCGUUCCACGUGCCGUUGAACUAUUGGCUUGUCAUGGUGAAGCGAUGGGGUGUUCCUGGUGUGGCGACUGCUUCCGUUGUGACGAACUUGAUCAUGGUUGGGCUUUUGGUGGGCUAUGUUUGGGUUAGUGGGAAGCUGCAUAAGGGAGUUAGUGGGUCUAUGACGGCUGCGGGUCAGUCGUCGUCGUCGUCGGCGGUGGAGUUCUUUGGAGGGUUGGGACCGUUGAUGAGAGUGGCGGUUCCGAGUUGUUUGGGGAUAUGUUUGGAGUGGUGGUGGUAUGAGAUUGUGACUAUAAUGGGUGGUUACUUGGAUAAUCCUAAACUUGCUGUUGCUGCUACUGGGAUUUUGAUUCAGACAACAAGUCUUAUGUAUACUGUUCCUAUGGCUUUAGCUGGAUGCGUCUCUGCUCGGGUUGGAAACGAGCUUGGUGCAGGUAGACCAUACAAGGCGAGACUAGCAGCCAACGUGGCUCUAGCUUGCGCAUUUGUAAUAGGAGCAUUGAAUGUGACUUGGACUGUUAUUCUAAAAGAGCGUUGGGCAGGGCUUUUCACUGGCUACGAGCCACUCAAGGUGCUGGUUGCUUCGGUUAUGCCAAUUGUUGGGCUCUGCGAGCUAGGGAACUGCCCUCAAACUACUGGUUGCGGGAUUCUAAGAGGGACAGGUCGGCCUGCGGUUGGGGCACAUGUGAAUCUUGGGUCGUUUUAUUUCGUUGGGACGCCUGUGGCGGUUGGACUAGCGUUUUGGUUGAAAAUUGGGUUUAGUGGGUUGUGGUUUGGGUUGCUUUCGGCUCAAGCGGCUUGCGCGGUUUCGAUAUUGUAUGCGGUUUUGGCAAGGACUGAUUGGGAAGGAGAAUCGGUGAAAGCGAUGAGGUUGACGUGUAUGGAGAUGGGAAAAGUUGGGAAGGAUGAAGAGUCAUCGUCGUUGUUGUUAGUGGAUGAUGAGAAGUUGAGUGAUGUUUUGUAAUAAAAGUGUGGGGUCAAAUGAAGAGAGACUUAUUGUUGUUUGGUUCAUCUUUGGUGUUUUAAUUUAGUGGCGAGUGUUGUCAAUGUUUUGUGUCCAUUUCGUUUUCUAAAACCUUGGAAACUAAAUCAUUUUAGACGUUGAAAAUCUGAUUAAUAAAAAAU